AUGGUUGAAACAUUGAUCAAUUUAGAAAAGAACAUAAAGGCGGUUUCGUUACAAGAAUUUCGAACAAAUUUAGUUCCUGAUAUAGAGAAAAGAAUAAAGGAUGUACAAGAGAAGCUAAAUCUGUGGCUCCCUUUAUUAAAAUAUCUAGAUGCGAGAAAAAGAACGGCGUCAAGUGUACAUUACCAGGAAAGAGAGGUCAGAGACCUUGUUUCUAGACUUCAGAAUGUCCUUGAAGUUUAUUUCAACGUGGUGAAACCCAGAAGAGGCAGAAGCAAAUUUAGAAAAUUCAUUGAUGAUUUCAAAUCCUUCCGGAUGGUUGAUUUAGAGAUUAAAGGAAUUAAUAUGCAGAUAAUGUUAACCAUUAGGGGUUUAUUUAUAUUAGAAGACACUAAGAUAACAGAUCCAGAAACUGAGACCCGACAAAAGUUGAGGAAAAGCAUCUCUGACGACUCUCGAGAAAACCAUAUCGUUGGGAUGGAUGACCAAGUAAAAAAUCUAAAAUCUGUUCUGCUUGAUGGCAAAGAUGGAGUUAUUUGCAUAUACGGCUGUGGUGGAAUAGGUAAGACCGCACUUGCCCAACAACUUCCCGAAGGGAGAAAGAGAAUAAAGCACCCAGGACUAACACGUGAAGCACUGGCAGAACAUUUUGACAAAUAUGCAAAAGAUGAGAGUUACUUGUUUGUUUUGGAUGACAUCCGGUCACUGAAUGAUUGGAAUUUCUUGCGUGGAAUUUUUCCAAAGAAUCAAAAGGGUAGCAAACUAAUGUUGACAACUCGGUUAAACGAAGUAGCUAAUCGUGUGUAUGCAGAUGAUGGACAUGUUCAUGUGAUGUGGCCUUUAAGCAGAACUGACUCUGAGAAGUUAUUUCAGAAGACAGCAUUCUUGGGGGACCCUGACGAAGAUGAUUCGUGGAGGAAAGAUAUAAUGGACGAAGUAUUGAAUUUGUGCUCGGGCUUGCCAUCAGCUAUAGUUGCAGUCAGAGAAGUUUUAGCUGCAAAGCGUACAUCAAAUGAAUGGAAGACGGUGCUUCAAGAUAUCGAGCGAUUAAUCAAUAGAGACCUACCAGUUGAACAAAUUUUAAUGCAACAAUCGAUUUCAGCUUUAAUUUUUUAUGAUUUACCAGAUCCCUUGAAGCUUUGUUUUCUUUAUUUGGGCUUGUUUCCAAAGGGUUUGAAGAUAGAAGUGGAGCAUUUGUAUCUUCAAUGGAUGGCUGAAGGCAUGAUAUCACGAGAUGAUUGCCAAAAUAAUGAAACUAUGAUGGAUUUAGCAGAAAGAUAUUUGAGCGAUCUGGUACAGAGAAAAAUGGUUGAGGUCGAAGAAGAAGAAACUCCAUCUUUGAGAAAAUACAAGUCUUGUUGUGUUCAUGACACCAUGCAAGAUCAAUGCUUACGGCAGGGAAACGAAUAUUCCUUUAAGGUUCUAGAUGAGAGAAGUUCUGAUUCCUUCUCAUCGACUAGAAGUCCUGCACACAGAAUGGCUUUACAUUUAGGCAAUGAAGACGAUAGAUCUUCUGUUGAUCAGUUAAGAAAUGAAAAAGUUCACCAUCUUAGGUCUCUCUUACUCUUGAACCUGUGUAAUCAUCAGAUGAAGUUGCAAUGGCCUCCAAGAAUGUUUAAUCUGAAGAGGUACAGAGUGCUGAGGGUUCUAACUUUUGAACGGGUUGACUUUCAGGAGAGAGGUCUCCCAAGGGGAAUGACAUGGCCAAUCUACCUCAGGUAUCUGAGUUUCAAAGGAUGUAUUCUGAAGGUGUUGCCAUCAUCAAUAGGUAAAUUGUCAUUCUUGGAGAUUCUUGAUCUACGAGUUUCAGGUCAAGUAAUCAUUCCAAAUGUCCUAUGGAAAAUGGUAAAACUUGUGUAUCUAUAUCUUCCGCUCGAGUUUCAGACGCCUAAUAACGAUAAACUGUAUUUGGGAAGUUUGAAAGAACUUGAGAUACUUGAGAACAUUGACCCUGGGGUGUGUAAUGUUGCUGAUCUUUUUAAAAUGACGAGGCUACGACACCUGUCUACAACUGUUGAAGGGAUUUUGGAGGAUCUUAUGGAGAUUGUCCGUCUCAUGGACAUGACUUCAGAGAAUACAAGUGUCUCCAUUAAGGUCAGAAAAUUUGACUGCUAUACAGAAGAGAGGCAUUCAGUUUUUAGAAAACUACUCAGUUGGCAGAUUCUUCAUACCCUGCAUAUAGAUGGGCAUCUUGGACAAAUACCACCUCACAAUAAAAUCACUUCAAGCCUGACUGAGAUGGUCUUGAUAGGCUCUCAACUUAAGGAAGACCCUAUGAAAACUUUGGACGAGCUCCCGGAAUUGCAGGUACUAGUAUUGCAAGACGAUGCAUUUGUUGGAACGAAAAUGAGAUGUGUUAAAGCUAGUUUCAAGAAACUCAAACGUUUGGAACUUUUGACUUUGCAUUCCUUGGAGAUAUGGGAGGUGCAGAAAAAAUCCAUGCCUAUGCUUUCCAUUUUAGCAGUUAAAAACUGCAGGAAAUUGCGAGAUCUACCUCAUGGAUUAAGGGAACGAGUUUCUUCAGUCACAUUUAAAAAUGACAAUUAG